GGAUACUUUCGUCAAGUUUUUCAUUGAGUGAAGAAAAACAUUAAGUGCUGUUUUCUCUCGAAAAACCCAAAUUUUGUGCUAGAUUUUCUCUUCAGUGAAGUGAUUAAGUAACGUGAAAUGGAGCAGAAAGACCAGAAGGAGCAGAAAACUGCAAAAAUUGCCGUUGAGCAAUCCCUUCACCCAAAUAACAGUGAGAAAAUUGCUUCACUGACAAAAGAAGCUGAAUCCCUUAAGGCAAAACUCGAUGAAGAGCGCCAGAAACUAAAUGAUUUAUCAUUAUCAACGGUUGCUGAUCGCCUGGAAAUGAUCACGUACUUGAACAUUAAGCCAAGGAGAGUACUAAAGGGUCACCAGGCAAAGGUUCUAUGUCUGGAUUGGUCUCCGGACAAGAGGAAGAUUGUUUCCUCAUCCCAAGAUGGGAAAUUGAUUGUUUGGGAUGCUUUUACCACUAAUAAGGAACAUGCUGUUACAAUGCCAACGACUUGGGUAAUGGCCUGUGCUUAUGCCCCAUCUGGGAACUUGGUGGCUUGCGGAGGGCUUGACAAUAAAGUUACAGUUUAUCCAAUAACACUUGAAGAAGACAUUUCGGGGAGGAAGAAAACUGUGGGAACCCAUACAAGUUACAUGUCUUGCUGCAUCUUUCCGAACUCCGAUCAGCAGAUACUGACGGGUAGUGGGGAUUCAACAUGCGCUCUCUGGGAUGUGGAAUCAGGACAAUUGCUGCAGAGCUUCCAUGGACACACUGGGGAUGUGAUGUCCAUUGAUUUGGCGCCAAAUGAGACGGGGAAUACUUUUGUGUCUGGAAGUUGCGAUAAAAUGGCUUUCAUCUGGGACAUGAGGUCAGGGAAUGUGGUGCAAUCGUUCGAGGGGCAUCAAUCUGAUGUGAAUAGCGUCAAAUUCCAUCCAAGUGGAGAUGCUAUCUCCACUGGAUCUGAUGAUAGCACUUGCCGUCUAUUCGAUAUGCGUGCUGACAAGGAAGUUGCUGUCUAUUCCAAGGAGAGUAUUAUCUUUGGAGUGAAUUCUGUGGAUUUUUCGGUUAGUGGAAGGCUUCUUUUUGCUGGAUACAAUGACUACACCAUCAAUGUCUGGGACACUCUCAAGGCUCAGCGCGUCUGCUUGCUCUAUGGACAUGAGAAUAAGGUGUCAUGCCUCCAAGUGUCUCCAGAUGGAACAGCUCUGGCCACAGGAAGCUGGGAUUUCACCCUCAGGGUAAAUCACUCAUAGCACUCAAAGGUUCCUGAAGUUCUUCUCAUGACUAUUUUUUGUAUCUUCUUUCCAGGUUUGGGCUUAAAAUCUUCGCAAAUGUUUUUUGCUCCUCUAGUCUAGUCUCGGAUGUUGUCUGUUUAGUCCAGGAUAAGAUAAGAAUCUCCAGUAUAUGCCGCUGCAUUUACCAUAAAAAUUCAACCAAAGUUUAGCCAAAAAAUGUUUAUGUUUAAUGUGAA